CUUGGAGCAGACGUGGAGAUGACUUACCUUGUGUUGAUGAGAGUGGCUUCCCUUGUGGCUAGCCAUUUAUCGUCGUCGACACAACUAAAGCUGGAUAAUAGAGAGGCUACCAGUACAAGAUUGAUCGCUAAACAUGAAGUGGAAAUGUCUUUUGUAUUCUGGAAGCAAAACAGUCCAUUGGAACUGUAUCAGAUGUGUUAGCAGCACCAGUUCCAACACCAGUUCCCCAUUCAGCAUUCUUUUCUUUGGCACAGAUCACUUUGCUCUCCCUACACUUAAAGCCCUUCAUAAAGAAAGAUUAAACAGCUAUAAUAUUUCAUCAGUAGUCAGCAAACUUCAUGUUGUAUCUACAUCCAACCAGUCACCUGUUGCCCAGUAUGCAGUCACCCAGGGCAUAACACUGCUUCCAUGGCCACUAAAGGAUAUACACGACAAAUUUGAUGUGGGAGUUCUUGUUUCCUUUGGACGUCUGGUACCUAGUCGAGUCAUUUCUAUGUUCCCUCUUGGCAUCUUGAAUGUUCAUCCAUCAUUGCUGCCUCGCUGGCGAGGUGCGUCACCUGUACAGCACACUGUCCUGAAUGGUGACCCUGAAACAGCAGUCAGCAUCAUGAGUAUUCAGCCUCGGCACUUUGACACUGGCCCACUGGUGAAGCAGAAACAACUCUGUUUUCCUUUCGGCUGGAGUGCAGCUGAUCUCUCUACAUAUCUGGCUGAGGAGGGUGCUGCAUUGUUACUGGAAACGCUAUUGGAGAUGCCUCAUAUUUUGACCACAAGUUGGCCCCAAUCUUCUGUUGGUGUGACAUAUGCUCAUAAGCCAUUGCCACACAUGAGUGAUGUCAACUGGAAAGAGCACACAGUGGAGGAGAUACAGCGUCAGUUUCUGGCACUCUCUGACAAGACCCCCUUACGCACAUGUAUGGAAGGCGAGACAGUCAAACUGAUGGACAUGCUUCUGCAGCAAACCUCAUCUCCUUCACUGGACCUUUGCAGUGAGUCUCAUAUGACAUCUGUUGACUUGAGGAAAGAUAACAGCACAAAGGUCAUCAAAGGUUCAUCCACAGUCAGUCUAAGAGCAAAUUGCUCAAGUGUGCAUCAGUUUGUUGACUAUUUGUCGCCUGCACCUCCUGGAGAACAUGACACCACUGCAGCCAGUAUAGCUAGUGUUCAUGUCAGGUCAAAUAUGAACAGUAAAUCUGUGGAUGGUGAACAGGAUGUGAGUAGUGAGUCAGACACACCUGGAACAGUCAUCUUCAAUAGAAAGCUUCGAGCCAUCUGUGUAAAAUGCAAGAAUGGCUGGGUGGCAUUCAGAAAAGUGGUGUACAAGAAGACAAUGGCAGCUGAAGAUUUCUAUAAUGGCUACCUGUCUAGAGGCAAGAGGAAAUGUGUUCGAUUCCAGAGCUUGCAUAAUGGGCUGUUUAGUCACGAGUACUGGAACUUUGUUCAGCAACCAAAAGCAAAAACUUGAUAAAUUUAAAAAUAAUAAAGUAGGAUUUGGUGUAAAGUUUGGCAUCAUUUUUUUCUUGAAAAGUG